CGCACCGCCGCCACUCGCGGGGCUGACAUGGCAGACGACGCAUCGCCCGACGACUCCUUCGGGCCCUCCUUUCAGGAGGUGCCCACGGACUCCAGGGAGUCCAUAAUAAAGACUGUGCUGCACAUGCUGGAGGACAACAUUGCACACUUCAAAAACGACGACUCUGAGCACGGACAGAGGCUGCACAGCGGGUUCGUGGUUCUGAAGGAGAACCUAAACAAAGUGACAGUUCUCUCGGAGUCUGUCAAAAAGGAGGCUCACCUCUACGACUUCGACUCGGACACGCCUGGGAAUGGCUAUAGGAGCUUCAACAACAUCGUGCAGCAGGCCACCGUGUGUGUGUUCGACCUCUGCAAGCAAGUGUGCACGACCAGAGACUCGAUCCUGAGGUUCAGGAAGGGACACUUCGUCAGGGAAGUUGAAGCUUGGGGCCAAACCCUCGCAUCACUUGUCACCCUUUUUGAAUACAUUGAUGAAAUGCUCUUGCCGAGAUGUGAAGAUGGCAAUCUUCUCUCGGCUGUUAGCAGUUCCCCCAACGAGUUAAUGAGUAUGCUGAAUACAGUGCCACAGUACUCAUUCUAUGGACGUUGUUUGGGAUUCCAUUAUUAUCCCUCUCUGCGUAAGACUCUGAAAUACUUGAAUAUUUGUUUGAGUGCGUUCAGUGAGGUCUACUAUGCAGAUGGCAGCUUCAUACAGAGAACCAAGAACACUGUUAUGACAGGAGGAAGAUAUGUUGUGGAUGCUGAACUGAGAUCUCGAAGAAUUGUGGACACAGUUCAGUAUGCUUCUGUUGAUUUCAUUAAAGCUUUUUGGUCUGUUGCUGAGACUGACAUACUGACUCAGUUGCCUGGUAUUGUGGGACCUGGCUUGGCAGUCCAACAAGUAGUGAUUGUGCCAUGUGAAGAGCAGCAAGUCACAAAGUUGGAUGGGACAGCAACAGUUGUUAUCCCUCCCCCCCAUUCGCAUAUCGAGCCCAGGCCCAUCACCUGUCACCUGCUCUCGGCUCAGUUGCGUGAAGGAAUGGUAGGCGCCAAGCCAGGCGAAAAGGAAAGCAAAGGUCCGCAACCAUUGCCAAAGUCUGAGUACCUCCUCAUUCAUUGUCAUGGUGGGGGCUUUGUGACGCAGUCUACUAAAGCGCAGGAGGUAUUCUUACGUGAGUGGGCAGUUGGAGUUUGUGUUCCAAUGCUUUCUGUUGAUUACUCCCUAGCCCCAGAAGCUCGCUAUCCUCGUCCUUUGGAGGAGGUGUUAACUGUUUACUCUUGGGUUCUCAAUAACAUGGAACUCCUUGGAACCACGGGCAAGAAGAUUGUUCUAACAGGGGAUAGUGCAGGAGGCAACCUCAUAACUGGCCUCACCAUCAAGUGUCUGGAGCUGGGUAUUCGGCCACCCGAUGGUCUCUUCCUCGCCUACACUCCCUUUGUAUUUGAGUUGGUCCCAUCGCCUGCUAGGCUACUUGCCGUCAUGGACCCUAUGCUGCCUCUAGGAUUUGCUCUUCGGUGUCUAAAAGCUUAUGCUGGUGUGCCAAGUGGGGGAACAUCAUUAGCAACCACUCCAGGUGAUGCUACCAUAUCAACACCACCCCUGCAUACCCCAAAGCUCCCCACUACACCAGAGCAUUGUGAGGGAAACCCUGAAAUGGCACCAGCAACACUAGAUGCAGCACUAGAGGUACCCCAGGGAAGAGUCUCUGACACCCAGAGUGACAACGAGUCAUUUGUAGAGGUUUCAGAGAGUGAUGUCAAAGAAGCUGAAUCCUUAGUCAAGAGCCCUUCAUUUGCUUCUGAGCCAGGAUCAGACACCCUCACGACUGUCUCACUCACAUCCGAGGCCUCCAAAAUGGACGAUUCCUUAACAAGGAAGAGUAAUGGCAAUGGAAGUCAGAAACCGCAGGAGAAGGAAGAGAGAUCCAGAAGAUAUGUAACAGAAUUUUUAGAAAAAUAUGUUUUGGACUCACGUACAGAUAAGCAAGGUCGAAGAGUCCCCAUCCUUCGCACAGGAAGUGAAGAGAGUGAACAGGAUGAUGAAACUGUCCUAUUUGAGGCCCCUGGUGUAGGUGCAGGAAUUACAGCCAAGCUAGGAAGAGCUAAAGAUGCUGUAGUUAGUGGUAUAUCUGCUGGUCUCACAUCCUUUGGGCUCAAAAGAAAAGAAAGUGCCUCGUCUCCUUCAUCGCCAACUCAACCAUUCCCUAAAUCUGUUGCUGAAAAACGACCAUCUCUUGGUCAGAUCUUGAUGGGCAAAAGUCCUGAACGCAGAAGCAGUCGGUGCAGUCUCACUGAGGAAUUUAGUGGAGUAGAAAUUAUCCAUGACCACUACUUGAGUCCACUGACAGCUCCCAAGGAAAUACUUGCAAAAUUCCCACCUUGUGCAAUUUUAACUGUUGAAUAUGACUUCUGUCUGGAUGAUGAUGUUACCAUGGCCAAGACACUGAAAUCCCUCAAUGUCCCAGUCACCAUUGACAUUUUGGAGCGCCUUCCUCAUGGUUUCCUCAGCCUCUCCAUGGUAUCUCAGGAGGCGCAUGUUGGAUGCAAGAGGGCUAUUUAUCGCAUCCGAGAGCUGCUUGGGUUGACUGAAGAUACGCAAGGGAAAGAAAAUGAUAAAAGUUAGACUUUAAUACUACAGUUAAGAUGUAAGAUGAGUGAGACCUUCUCAUACUUUCCUUGUUUUGUAUUAAUUUAUUGUAAAGCUGUACUUAUGCAUUUUGCAGAGUUUGAAAUAGCAUAAUAAGAUGUACAGUUUAUUUUCUCACAGAAAAUUGGUAAUCUCAUCAUCCAAAGAUAGGAAUAUUUUUGUGGAUAACUGUCCUUUGGGUUGUACUUCAUUUUGUUGAAUUGAAGCAUCUAAUACCAAGUUACAACUACACCAUAUCAAAAACCACACAAAUAUGAGAGAGA